AUGCCUUCGUGUAGCGACGUAGAUAAAUCCUCCACAUCCACAUCCGGCCUCAUUUCCACCUCAGAUCAUAGUUCGCCUGCCAGCUUCGAUGUAGCAUCUGCUUCUUUGACCGCACCUACUUCUUCAAAUGAAGACCCUAACGUCACCGAAGAAGGGUAUAACAAUCGUGCAUGUGAAGGAGGUCAGGACGAUCACGAUCAAGAUCCAAAAGACCCCAGUCAAAUUUGCUCCGACCGUAAAUCUUACAUCAAACCAAAAACCUCACUUACCAAAACGAAUCGUAUUGCAAGUGUAGGGGCUGUUGGUCCUCCUGGUCGGGCUUCAAGUAAGGUCAGGGCGGUGCGCGCUAAGAGGUAUAACCAGGCAGAAGGUUUGUGUGAAACAUUCAUAUUUACUUAUCACGACGAAGUUCAAAUGCUAAAUGACCAUAUUAUAACCUUCCGUUCCAGAGGUGCCAGGACCAGGUAG